CAGAGAAAUAAUUAAUUUAGAGCUAAUGAUCAUCGGCCAUCAGGAAUAUAUGGGAUUAGCAGUCAUCCCACAACAGAUAUUUUUAAUCGAGUACAAGGUACAGAGCCAGGAGCUACCAGACCUGAACUCUCAAGCAAUAAUUAUGAGGGACUACUGUAGCUGAGAUUGAAAGUGAGAAUCACUUCCUUUAACUCCUUUAUCUCCUUGUACUCCUAGCCCUAGGGCUACGUGUAUGGAAACUCAGGAAUUUGAGUGUUUUUCAAAUAGAGAAGGCAGAGGUAAAAAUCCAUGGCCUGAAAUUCAUCAAGUACCAAAAAGUGAUUAUGAGUGGAAUCCCCAAGAUACUGUAAAAUCUACAAGGGUAAAAGAAGGAAAGUUGGUUGGUUUUUACACCCAGAAAGAAAGAAGAAAUAAAAUUGCUAAAUUGAGAGAGAAACAGAGAAAGAGAAGACAACAGUGACCAAUCUCGAAGAGUUACUCAAGGUAGAAGACAUUCUGCCUUCAAAAAGCCACGUAAAGAGGGAAGGUUUGUAAAGAAGGAGCUUGCCCAUCUUUACGCGCUAACCGAAGAUGAAAGGCUUAAGAGAACUCAAACCAUUGAUCAGAAUCUGGAAAAGGGUAAUUAUGAGGAAGCUGUCACCUUU